AUGCCAGCCAACCUCACAGAGGGCAGCCCUGAUGGCAACGGGACCACGCAGACGCUGGAUUCUCUCCCUGUCCUUUGCACUGAACCGGGGACUUUUACUGAGGUAGUGGAAGGAGAGGAAUGGGGCUCCCUCUACCACUCCUUUAAGACUGAGCAGUUGAUCACUCUGUGGGUCCUCUUUGUUUUCACCAUCGUUGGAAACUCCAUUGUGCUGUUCUCUACAUGGAGGAGGAAGAGGAGGUCAAGGAUGACCUUCUUUGUGACUCAGCUGGCCAUCACCGACUAUUUCACAGGCCUGGUUAACAUCUUGACAGAUAUCAUCUGGCGAUUCACUGGAGACUUCAUGGCACCUGAUCUGGUCUGCCGAGUGGUUCGCUAUUUGCAGGUCGUGCUGCUCUAUGCCUCUACCUAUGUCCUGGUGUCCCUCAGCAUAGACAGAUACCAUGCCAUCGUCUAUCCCAUGAAGUUCCUACAAGGAGAAAAGCAAGCCAAAGUCCUCAUCAUGAUUGCCUGGACUCUCUCCUUCCUGUUCUCCAUUCCCACCCUGAUCAUAUUUGGGAAGAGGAAACUCUCCAACGGUGAGGUGCAGUGCUGGGCCCUGUGGCCUGAUGACUCCUACUGGACUCCGUACAUGACCAUUGUGGCCUUUCUGGUGUACUUCAUCCCUCUGGCAAUUAUCAGUGUCAUCUAUGCCAUUGUGAUCCGAACUAUUUGGACUAAAAGCAAAGCGCAUGACAUGGUGAUUUCCAACUGCUCAGAGGGAAGGCUAUGCAUCAGCUACAACCGAGGACCCAUCUCAAAGGCAAAAAUCAAGGCUGUCAAGUACAGCAUCGUCAUCAUUCUCGCCUUCAUCUGCUGUUGGAGUCCAUACUUCCUCUUCGACAUCCUGGACAAUUUCAGCCUUCUUCCAGACACCGAGGAGCGCUUCUACGCCUCUGUGAUCAUCCAGAACCUGCCUGCCUUGAAUAGCGCCAUCAACCCCCUCAUCUACUGUGUCUUCAGCGGCUCCAUCUGCUUCCCCUGCGGGGAGCAAACACCACGGGGUUCCAGAAUGACAUGUCGGGAGAAAACUGAGAGGCAGGAGAUGCAGGUUCUGUCCAGGCCAGAAUUCAUCUAG